AUGCCUGGAGCGCGGCCCGCCGUCCCUGCGAUGGCCGCCGCGCGGUGGGCUAGAGGGGCUCCCGCCCCCGCGCUGGCGGCCGCCCUCGUCGAGGCGGCUGUGCGCGGGGCGGUCGCUGCGAAUGCGCCGCGGCGCACUGUCGCGGCGGUGGCCCGCUCGGCGGUCUCGGCAGCACUCUUCGGGUGCUCCGAGACGCCUGCGGCCGCCGCGCGCGACUCCGCCGCUGGCGAGCAUCCUGCUGACGGACCUCCUGGCGCUGGUGGCGGCGCCGACCCCGCGGCUGGUGCCGCGCGGCGUCGGCGGCGCCGUGCGCGCCGCGCAGCGCGGAAGGCGGCGGGUGCUCCCGCGCCCGCCGCCGCCGCUGGCGAGGUCAUGGACAUCGACGUCGUCCGUGGCGCGGACGCUGGCGAUGCUGCCGCUGCCGCAGGUGCGGGCCCUUGGCCUGGCUUGGGGGCGGAGGCUGCCGCAAGUGCGUCCGACCUGGACGACGACGAGUGGGCGGACGACGUUCGUCGGGCCGCCUCGGUGGCGAUCGUCGCGGCGCCCGCGGCUGGCGCUGGUGCUGGCGGUGCCGAGGAGUCGGUGGCGGAGCUCAAGGCCCGCCUGCACUCGGCCUUCCAGCGCCUGGGGCUCGGCUCGGGCCGCUUGCCCGCUGGCCGCGCGGAGCUGCUGGCGUUGAUCGGCGCCCUCGAGCCCGAGGCGGAGCGGAUCACGGCCACGGAGGAGGGGCGCGCGCUCGUCGCGGCGGCGCGCCACUCUGGAGCGGCUGCUGGGGGCUCCGGGGCCGGGUGCAGGCGGGGGCGCGGGCCCCGCUAG